AGGUCCUCCUGUUCCACACCUGAAGAAAGAAGACUUGUGCAUCUUUUUAGCACUACAUAUGGAAAAUUCACCAAGUGAAUCACAGAAACUAUUGCAAAACUGGAAUCGUUGUCUGUGAAGCAAGCAAGCCAAAAAGGAUUAUUGCCCUGGGCUGCUCAACAGAGGAACUUCAUGCUGUGCCAAAAGUGCUGUUAAGGUUUCCUAAUGCACUGAAAGGCUGUGAAGUUUACAUGUCUCGGAUGCCUUGCAAUUAUUGCACAAAAUUGCUGGUUCAAGCACAAGUCUCACAAGUGUAUUACUGGCCAAAUUUUGAAAUUAAAAUGGCAGAAAAUAACCUAGGAGGUGAUCUGAUAAAACAUGCUAAUGCCAUCUUUACGGAAAGUUAUGUUGUUGCAGCAGUAUAUGUACCAACAAUAGACAAUCAAAGAAAGAAACAAAUACUUCAUUCAAAUACAAGAGUGUCUUCUGAUGGUGAUCUAAUCCAAAUUGCAUCUGUAUUUGAUGAAAAAAUUGGUGUGGAUGUUUUAAAGCUCUUUAACUUGGAACACCUGAAAGAAAAUGAACGGAAAAAAUAUGAAGAAAAUCUUACUACAGCAAAGGAUUGUUUUAAAACUCUGGCAAGUUGCAAACAUGAAGAAAUAAUAAUCUUAGAAGAGGAGGAAUCCACUGUAAAGAAUAAUCCUAAAUACACCCAUGCGUUACAGAUCUGUAAUUUAUUAGCAUCCAGAAGUGACAACAAUAAUGGAGUGGGGACGGUGAUUUACAAGGAAGGCAGCAUUGUUGCCCUGGGCUACAGUGGAUAUCCAAAAGGGGCAAUGAAUAGUUUAUUUUGCAAGAAAGCAGAUGUUGAUUUUGACCAGCAUGCAAUUGUAUGUGCAGAAGCUAAUGCAAUUAUUAUGAGUUCUGAGAAAGACCUGUGUAAUGCUGAACUCAUCACUACACGUGAACCCUGCCAUGACUGUCUGAAACUGAUCCGAGCAAAGAAUAUAGCAAAAGUCAUUUGGCCUCUGCAAGACAGAAAUGUAGGUGGUAUUAAAGAUGGUUAA